AUGGCAGAUUUGAACAUUCAAGAUAUAGUCUCAAAUCACGAAGACCCAGAAGUCAUGUUUCAACUCCUCGAAAAGCUAGGAGAAGGCUCAUUCGGUUCUGUUCACAAAGGCCUUCACAAAUCCACAGGGACUAUUGUGGCUAUUAAAAUUCUUCAAAUCAAUAACAAUGAAAUUGCCUCAAUCAAAAAAGAAAUUUCGAUUUUGAAAGCAUGCCGCCAUCCUAACAUUGUAGGCUAUAUCGGGUCAUAUAUAAAAGGCGAAGACCUUUGGCUCAUCAUGGAAUAUUGCAGUGCAGGCUCUGUUGCUGAUUUGAUUCGAAUUACCAAAAAGACGCUCGAUGAAGUCCAAAUCGCCAGUGUCUGCCAAGCAGUUCUCAGGGGUCUUGAGUACUUGCAUGAUAAUAAGAAAAUCCAUAGAGACAUUAAAGCAGGAAAUGUGCUGUUAGACCAUAAAGGUGUAGCGAAAUUAGCAGAUUUUGGAGUUUCUGCACAACUAUUGCAUACUUUGUCGAAAAAAGAUACAGUUAUUGGGACUCCGUACUGGAUGUCGCCUGAAGUCAUAUCAAGGUCCUGCUAUAACAAAAAAACUGACAUAUGGAGCUUAGGCAUCACAGCUAUUGAAAUGGCAGAAGCAGAGCCUCCUUACUCGAAUAUUCCUCCAGUGAGAGCUAUGUUUACUAUACAAAGAUCUCCAGCACAAUCGUUAACUGAGCCUAGAAAAUGGUCUCCUGAGUUCAAUGAUUUUGUAUCAAAAUGCUUAACAAUAGAGCCAAAACAGCGACCCACAGCUAAAGAACUAUUAAUUCACCCCUUCAUAAGAAGAGCGAGAGGGCCUGGACUUUUAAGCGAACUAGUCGCACAAGCUAUGGACAGCAUUGAGAGAUACAGAAUUUAGCCUAACUUAUUUAACAGACAGGAUUUCGUUCUAUAUUUACACAAUCACCAAAUCUCCGAUAUGGGAGAUUCAAACUCUUUGCAACCAUAUCUUUGAUAGGGAUAGCAGUUUAUCCUCCUUGGCUUUCGGCUUCAGAGUUGAGUGGGCAGUCUUCAGAUUUUGCGGCAUCAUUUGAGGCUUUUGGGUGGGGAAGAAAGUGUUGUCCAUACAAAAAUCCCCAAAAAAAUUUUUGGCCGACUUUUAGCAAAAAGGGAAAAUACGUUACCCAGAGCGUAACUCCUGGUUUCAUGCUGGUAAAAUGGCCGAUAGGUCUAUCAUCGCUUGCAGACAUAUCUGGGCGACCUCUUUCGGACUUCCGUACCACGCUUCCACCUGAGGUAAAAUCCAUCCUCGAAAGUAGUCUUGAGCUAGGCUCUGAUAUGUCAAGAGUUACUUAUAGUAAUUCUCUUUAAUGGCCCUGUAAGGGCAGGCUUUUUAAGCCGGAAUUUCUGAGGCUGGUCGGACCAACGCACAAAGUUGGUCGGACCAACUCACUUGUUGGUUCAAUCAAAUCAGGAAUUCCGGCCUAAAAUUCCUGUCCUUGCAGGGCUAUAAGGGAAUUUAUUAUACCUAGCUUGUUGACCAUUUCUGGGAUGGCAAAACCUUGCCAGAUAUAAUUAAAUAUGUGCUCGUAGGCAGUCAGCGUGUCAGCGUAGCCCACCGCGAAGCACUGAGAUGCCAUAUUUAAUUAUAUGAGAGAUACAGAACAACACAAAACCAAAGUGAAGGCUCUGAAGAAGAGGAGGAAGAAGAAGCUGAAUGCGAUAAUGGAAGCAUGGUUUAUAAAGGCACUGAAGAAUUUAACUCGGGCACUGUCAUUCUUACUUACUUACUUACUUAAUUACAUUAAUAAGGCGUCUGCCGUGUUGUUAACGCAGUCGCCAAGGACCUCGAUGUGAGGUUCACCUGCUUUGCGACGCAUUCCUAACAAGCCAUAAAGACUUGCCAAGAGGAAAUACGUCUACUCCUUCCCACAGCGCGCUGCGGCUUAAGUCUUGAGUGGGCGGGCUAUGGAAUCCUGCGGCUGCUGCUUGGGUACGAGAGUUGGCUUUCCGAAAUUCCAAAAAAUGGAAUUUCUGGUCACCUUUCGGCAAAAAGGGAAAUUCCAAAUCUGGGACGUAACGCCCAGUUUCACGCUAGGUAGUUGCCCGAUUGGUCUAGGCAUUGCCUGUAGACCUUGCUGGGCUUACCCUUUCCAAAUUUGGGCACCCUUUCCUCUCGAGGAGAAAAUCCAUUCUGGUCGUUGAGCAUGGGCCAGGCUCUGCUCUGCAGAAUUGCUUACCUUGGCAUUGUUGCCCAUUUCCUGAAUGGCAAAACCUUGCCGGAUAUAAUUAAAAUAUGAGUCGAGUAUGUAUGGCCGGGAGGCCAUACCCAGACGAAGACGCCAUAUUUAAUUAUCGGGCACUGUCAUUCAAUAUGAUACUAUGGUCGAGAUUCCAGAAGAGUCUAAAAUGUCAACAAUAAUUGUAAAAGAUGGGAAAGAGAACAAAAAAGAAACCGAGCAACAAGGGACAGUAAGAAUUGAGUACUCUGACGAGGAAGAAGAAAAUGUGGAGCCUGAGUUCAUGAAAUUGGUAAGGCAGGCUGAAGGAAUCCCAGAGCCUAAGCCGCAACCCAAAAAAAGCGUCCAGCCUCCUCAGCAGUCGCCAGUUGUUUAUAGUCCUCCAGUGUUAAAUAGCAUUCCGCCAUCUCAAAAGGGACAGAUUCCUCCUGAAUUUAGAGGGAUGUCAAUUGAAUAUAUUGAAAAGUCCUUAAAGAGACUUAACGUUGACAUGCUUGCUGAAAUUGAAGUGGUGAAAUCGAGAUAUGCAGAAAGAAUUAAAUCAUUUGAAAAAAUCCUUGAAGUGCUCAAGCAAGAGGAAAAGCAAAGAAAAGUUUUAUAA